GGCCCCUGCACCGACCCGGAGUGCGGCCUGAGGCCCCGGGCGAGCGGCUCUCGUUUCCGUACCUAGCUCGGACGUCUGGCUCGCCGGGGGCGGGAAGAACCCGGGAGCGCCGAGCUACACGAGGACCCUCGCUCCCGCAGUUCACGCGCUCGCAGGGGCGGUCCCGGGAGUCGGCCCCGCCUCCGGGGCGGAGGCUCGUAGCUCCUCCUCGCGGGCGGAGGCUGGAGGUGCGCUGCAGCCUCCGGAUACGGACUAGUCACAAACUCGAACGAGGCGGACGUUUUAGCCGCCUAGGAUGAGGAGGUGCGGCCGCCCCUCGGGGCCGCCAUCGCUGCUGCUGUUGCUGCUGCUGCUCCCGCCGCUGCUGCUCUCGAGGCCCGGCGCUUACGCGGCCCGGCUCUCAGUGCUCUAUUCGUCCUCUGACCCGCUGACGCUGCUGGAUGCUGAUACGGUGCGUCCGACUGUGCUCGGCUCGAGUAGCGCCUGGGCGGUGGAGUUCUUCGCCUCCUGGUGUGGCCACUGCAUCGCCUUCGCCCCGACAUGGAAGGAGCUUGCUAACGACGUAAAAGACUGGAGGCCAGCACUCAAUCUUGCUGUCCUGGACUGUGCUGAAGAGACCAACAGUGCUGUCUGCAGAGAGUUCAACAUCGCUGGCUUCCCAACUGUGAGAUUUUUUCAGGCCUUUUCCAAGAACGGUUCCGGAACAGCACUGCCAGCUGCUGGUGCUAAUGUGCAGACGCUGCGGAUGAGGCUCAUCGAUGCUUUGGAGUCCCACCGUGACACAUGGCCCCCAGCCUGUCCACCUCUGGACCCUGCCAAGCUGAAGGAUAUCAAUGAAUUCUUUACAAGAAGUAAAGCAGAGUACCUGGCCCUGAUCUUUGAAAGGGAAGACUCCUACCUGGGUAGAGAGGUGACUCUCGACCUGUCCCAGUACCAUGCUGUGGCAGUGCGCAGGGUCUUGAAUACAGAGAGCGAUGUGGUGAGCAAGUUUGGCGUCACUGACUUUCCAUCUUGCUACCUGCUGCUUCGGAAUGGCUCUGUCUCCCGAGUGCCUGUGCUAGUGGAGUCCAGGCCUUUCUAUACCUCCUACCUGCGGGGGCUGCCCGGACUGACCAGGGAGGCUCCCCCAACCACGGCUACACCAGUUACUGCUGAUAAGAUAGCUCCAACAGUGUGGAAGUUUGCAGACCGCUCCAAGAUCUACAUGGCCGACCUGGAGUCUGCACUACACUACAUCUUACGUGUAGAAGUGGGGAAGUUCUCAGUUCUGGAGGGACAGCGCCUGGUGGCCCUGAAAAAGUUUGUGGCAGUAUUGGCCAAGUACUUCCCUGGCCAGCCUUUGGUCCAGAACUUCUUGCAUUCCAUAAACGACUGGCUUCAGAAGCAACAGAAAAAGAAGAUCCCCUAUAGUCUCUUCAAAGCUGCUCUGGACAGCAGGAAGGAGGACGCUGUGCUUACUGAGAAGGUGAACUGGGUUGGCUGCCAGGGCAGUGAGCCACAUUUCCGGGGAUUUCCCUGCUCCCUGUGGGUCCUCUUCCACUUCCUGACAGUACAGGCAAACCGAUACAGUGAGGCCCACCCACAAGAACCAGCUGACGGCCAGGAGGUCCUCCAAGCCAUGAGGAGCUAUGUCCAGUCCUUCUUUGGCUGUCGUGACUGUGCUAACCAUUUCGAGCAGAUGGCUGCCGGGUCCAUGCACAAAGUGACAAGUCCCAGUAAUGCAGUUCUUUGGCUCUGGACCAGCCACAACAGGGUUAAUGCUCGCCUCUCAGGUGCUCUGAGUGAAGACCCCCACUUCCCCAAGGUGCAGUGGCCACCCCGUGAACUAUGUUCUGCCUGCCAUAAUGAACUCAACGGACAGGUGCCUUUGUGGGACCUCGGUGCCACCCUCAACUUUCUCAAGGCUCACUUCUCCCCAGCAAACAUCGUCAUAGACUCUCCUGCACCUGGACCAGCAGCCCGGAGUGGGAGUCCAGAGGCUACCCCCAAGCUGGUAAUGGACACAUUAAAGCUGGAGAGCAGAAAUCCAGUGCUGGGCCCUGAGCAGGCUGCUUCUGCAGAGUCCCCUGGAGCCACUGCCCUAGAUGUCCCAGCUGAGAAGCCUGAAGCAAGUGGUCCCCAGAAACUAUACACAGGCCUCAGAGUGGGUAGAGCUUCACCAGGGCAGGGCCCUCCACAACAAGUGGAAGAGCUUCAGAGGGACGUGCAGGAGAGUGCCCAGGGGCAGCAACACUUGAGCAAGAGAGACACUGAAGCCUUAUUGCUGCCUGAGGUGAACCACUUCCAAGGUCCUUUAGAGCUCUGGCGAGGGGGCAGGAGCCCCAAGCAGCUAGCAGGCGUACUUGAAAGGGAGCCAGAGGCCCUAGCUAUUCAGGGACAAGGCCAGUGGCUGCAGGUUGUAGGAGGGGGGAUUUCCCACCUGGACAUUAGCCUCUGUGUGGGGCUCUACUCUGUGUCCUUCAUGGUCUUACUGGCCAUAUACACCUACUUCCGGGCCAGGAUGAGAACCCUGAAGGGCCAUGCUAAUUACCCCACAGCCUGAACUGCCCCAGAGAGGACAGAGAAGGGAGCCGCUGUCAGGGGGCUUUUGGGUUGGGUUUUUUUUUUUUCCUUUUUUUUUUUUUUUUUUUUUUGGCUUCCUGGACCCUUGCUUCCUUCCUUCCUCCCCCUUGUUCCAUUGUCUAGCUUAGGAGAGUGGGAAAUCCAAGCAAGUGAGUUGUUGCAGUGAACCCUGGAGUCUACUGUGAGAGGAUUCCAUAGACAAAACAGAAACAGGGUGCCAGUCGCUCCUGACCAGCAUGGGGUAGGAGCAGCCUGAGGCAGGGGCUCUGGGGCCUUCUAGGAGGCUCAGGCCCUGGCUUCAGCACCAAAUUCUGUUUUUCAGCUCUUAUGAAGUCCUGCCCUAUUCCUGCUGAAGUCUCAAAUGUUUCCUGCUUGAUCUUGGCCUUAAAUUGAGGCAAACAAAUCCAGAGUUUCCAAGGUUUCUCAUCCAGAGGAGAGUAUCCGGGCCAGGGUGGGCUGGAGUGGCCCUCCUCACUGCGCUCUGAGGCUGUCCACUUCCCUCCCUCUCAACAUGAAGAAAAGCAUCCCUCUGGCCUUCUCUGGCCUGCCCAGUGUCAGCACCUCAGGUGUGGGUGGGGUUUAGCUACAAGAAUGGGUCUGGGAGCCUCAGGAAAUGAUUCUGGUCACCCAGGUUCAAACUGGGUUUUCUGCUACAUGUGUGGUUUGGCAGGCUGGAAGGGUAACAGACAGUUGCUGGACUGUGGGGUGUAGUGCUUGCUUGGUGGUGGGGCAAGGGGGUGUGUGAUGCUGGGGUCUGUAGUGCCUUAGUCCUGGGCAGACUCGUCUCAGGGGUCGCUUGUCUCUUACUUUGGUCUCUAAAAUCAAUGCUAACUGUGGGGUGUGGAAGUGCUGGGUAGAGAGCAAUGAGCAGAGAGUCCUCUCUCUCCUGUGAGCAGUAGGGGGUGGGGGAGACCGGCUCACGGGCUUCACUCCCAUGCUCCUACUGCUUGGGAGGGAUGUGGAAUAAAAUUAUUUUUGUUAAGUCAUGCAGAAUGUGUCUGACUUGAUCCUUGGAGAGGUCUUGUCUGUGUGUACAAAUUUGUAGCACCCAGCCUCACCUGAGCUCCAGCAGCUAGAGCACUCCUGGGUACGGGAGCAGGCACUCACCUCACUGCCCCAGCCCAUGUGUCUCCAUGCAUACUGGGGACAAGCCUUGGUGAUGGCCCUGCCACCUCCUGCUCUCCACCCUCCCUGAGACCCACCCCGGUGUCAGAGGGACCUGUCUGCAGCUGCCACCUUCAGCUCUUCCUCCAAGGCUGACAGGCUUGUUUGUCCAGCCAGCCUGGGUUGGCUGCUCAGCCAGGAGUCAGCCUGGAUUAGACUUCGCCCCUAAUCCAGCCUGCUGGGUUUUACAGGGAUCAGAGCAGCUGAUAAUGAACCUCAUUAGGGGGGAGCAGAAGCCUCGAUCCGAUUUGGGCUUUUCUCUGACAUCUUCACUCUGCUCAGGCGGCCUCAGCACUGGGUGCAGCAGGUGGAACACCAGGGACACCCCCUGCGCUGCGGCAGCUGGCAGGGCAUUUGACCUCUUUAGCAGCCUGGCUCCUGGAGUGUCUGAGCCCUACUCUAUGUCCUCCGAGACCUACCCUGCUAGACCCUGCUUGAGGGUCCAAGAGGCUGACAGGCCAGCACACAGUCAAACAGGGUUUCUGAAAAGGAUCCCAAGGGCCUUUGUUCAAAAAAGUGCCCUACCAGUCCAGGACCACAGAGAGUCCUUACCAAAUGAGCCCCACGGCCUGACUGCUCAUAAAAGGUUAAGUAGAGAUUCCUGUCAGCCAAUUCUAUAGUACUAAGUAACCAUACUUGCACAAAUCAAAACUGGGUGUCUAAGACUAGGGCUCUCCUGGAAAUGCCAUCGCAGGCUUGCUCCAUGAUGAGUUAACAGGACUGAGCGUGGAGGUGGGCCCUACUUGAGACCUGUGGUAUGAGUUCUCUUCUUCACAGUGAGCCCCUUGGCCCUGUGUCAGACCUUCUGAUUGAUAAGCAGGGUGGGCUCCUGACCACCGCCUCCCAGGGCUCAUGUCCAUGGCUUGGAUAAGCCAGCCUGCCCACCAACUGGCCCCUGUCAUGCUCACGCAGACAUCCUGGGACUGGGGCUUCCUGUGUCUUCUAGGCCUUUCUAGCUGUUUCUCUGGCAGAAGAGGGUUCUAAGGGGAGACCUGCAAAGCAAAGAGUCCUUUUGCUAGGUUGGACAGAGAAACCCACAUGUCUAGUGAGUCGUGUUCUAGGGAUUAAGGGUCUCCUUAAAAUGACAGUCCAAUAAAGAAAAAAAUGUUA